UUCAGGCACCAGUGGGUUAGUGUGUGAAAGUUGAGGCUGUUGUCACGUGUCUGGUGUGUUGCAUCAGCCUCUCAAGGAAAGAAAAGAUUCCCAAACUCUCUUUAGGAUCUGAUAUACUCAGCUUGAGGGCGAGACCAACCAACAAAAGCAGAAGAGCUGCAGCUGGAUCAGGAUUUAUUUUUAACUUUUGUUGUGAUCUUCAACCUCGAGUGUUUGUGUAGUCUUUAUCAGUCACCUUGAAAGAUAAACACAGCCAAUUCACAGAAGCACGAGAUGAGAAAAAAAUAAACCAUUGACAGCAAAUCUAAAAUUAGUGUAACAGAGAUUUGGGAUUUGUUUGAUUAGGCAUUUCAGAUUUAUUUGAAUGUUUUCAUCACAGUUCUGUCUCAUUCGUUUUCUAUCUAUAUUUUCAACUAAGGGACACAAAUCAACAGAAAUCCUGUAACUUAAUGUUAAUGUUUUAUACUUAUUUAUUUGGUUUAGAAUGGUAUCUGUCAUUUUUGGAAAACAGUCUUUAGUCCCGUCUCGUCUCUUUUCUGUUUUCAACAUAUGGGAGUCAGCUCAGAUAAUUUGGCAGAAAAGCAAAGUGUGUGAAAGGUAACGUUCGUGACGUCAUGGGGGAUUCAUAACAAAGCAGCUUUUAUUUACAAUUCAAAGGUUGAUUCUCCGCUCAUUCACAUGCAUCACUCUGACCUUUUACCCAGUUUCUCUUCUCACAGCAUCUGUAUCCUGGUGUUCCCUCUCGCUUUGGGACCAGUUGCCUUUUUUUUUUCUCCUCUUUUUUUUUUUUUUUUAAACCUGAUUCUCUAGCUUGCACUUUAGCCUAGAAAGCAGCGUUGUUUCCUUGAGGCAUCCACUCCCUGAUCAAAGAGUACAACAGAGGUGAAGGCAUGUCAGGCUGUGUAAAUACCUUUCCUGUUUUCACGAGUGGGUUAAUGAGGUUUUUAAGGCUACUGUGAAACACUGAAUGUAUAGUUUUACAGUGAUUUAAAUCAGCACUACUUUAGGUUCAUCAUCCUGUAUCUUACCGUUAAAUUAAACCACUUAUUCUAUUUAUUUUUAGCUAAUGUAUAGUUCUGUUUGUAAUCAAGCUUUUUAUGUAAUUUGUAUAUUUUUGAGCUGUAGUGAUGGCGAUGCCAGGUCCACCACUUUGAUCCAGACUGAAACAUCUGCCUUGAAAUCUCAUUCAGACAUUCAUGAUCCCCAGAGGAUGUACAGUAUUUGAAUGACUUAAGCGAUUCCUCAGAAUUCCACUUCAGCGGCAACAGCAGGUCAAAGUUAUUACUUCUCCUGUGUAAUAUUUUGAUAUCUAGUAGAUGAAUCGAAUUUAAAUGUUGUACAUUUAUGGUCCCCAGAGGACGAAUAUGCAGGUGAAUACAAUUUUAAUUUAACCACUACCAUUUGUUUUCGUUCACUUACAUUGGUGUGCUACGGAUCAGAAUCUAACUUUUGACUUCAACUGUUAUGCAUCUUACAGUUAGGUUAGGUUCUUUAGGAUGGGCGUAAGAGCUUCACAAAGAUGCAGUGCUCUAAACUAACUAGUUGGAGCGACAUGUUCGACCACGUCUGCAGGCAAAGUGUGCAUAUAGCUGCACAACCAUGCACACUUGAAGGAGCGGGGUAAACAGUCCGCCAUCGUAGAGGGGACCGAUAACAGCUUGAUUGGGGAUAACAUUUAGUUGAAAGACGUGUUGCACUCGGUUGUAAACAUGAAAAGUGACAGAAAUAGUUGCUUUUAGAGAGAAAACAAGACUAGAGAGAGAGAAUGUAAAGCCCUGACAACUUUCUCACUUCUGUACAGUUGGCCGAUCACAGCGUGAAGUGUGUGUAAAUUGUCGGUUUUGGAAAGUUACUGAAGUUGUCGGAAGCAGUGUUCUCAGUCUUGACGUUGGAAAGGUGUGUUGGGAGGGAGGAGGGGGUUUCCAACACGUUUUGACCAUCGGACAGGCAGCAGAAGCAUCCUGACAUGUUUAAUCUUGUUUAGAGUAACUUGAACAGUCGUAGCCUACAACUUGGACCAGCGCUGUUUUACAUGACACCUCCCUGUGUGAUGUCUUUCUUUUACAUCCUGUUAAGACAGGAUGAUGGUUCCUCAUUUCAACAAACGUACACCUGACAAUCUGUCUAAACUCAUCUUUAAACUUCCUCAGCGUCUCAUUGCAUGAAAUAUAAAUACCUCACCGACCUCUGCUUCAUUUCUUAACAUGAAACCCUGCUUGACCUUUGUUUGUGGUGUUAUUCAUCAGGUACUAACCUUUGCUUCAGUCAAGAAAGUUACUCACAUGAGGCUUCACUGGUUCACUGCACCCACCAUCACAUUGCUUCACGCUCUGCUGGGCCGUGACUUCUGCUGUAAGAGGGUCAAAUCACUUCUCUUACACGGUUCACCUUUCACCCAGAAACUGGUAGGAAAGCCUCUGGGUGUGAAAAUAACUUUACUUGUAACCACAUGCAGAUUUCUUACUGAUUGUUGGUUUUUCAGUUAGUUUUCUUUGCUUUAUUGUUUUAUAGUUUUUUGUGUUUUGGGAUAUUUUCAAUUAUGAGAAAAUAAUCUAAAUUUGUUUUUAAACAUGGCCCAAAUGUUAUAUAAUAUUAUCGUAGUCAUCAGAAGAUUAAAAACAUCAUCAAGAGACAUUUUACAAAGUUUAAUCACUUGACAUAUUUGACAGUUUAGUUCUAUUUGUUAUAUUUUGUAAAGGAAUCUUUCCUAGUAAGUUGCUGAUCACUGCUACUUUGCACUUACAAUUAUUAUGUGUUUUGUAUUAUGCUAAAAUUAGUUGUCUAUUUUUAGUUAGUGAAAAGGAUUUCUGGAUGAAUAUUUAGAAAAUAAAGACACAUUAAAAUAAUCUGCUGAAACCAAACUUAAUUAAACAUUUUAUAAUUUCUUUUUUUUACUGAAUUUCCAUUCAACAUUCCAACAUUAACAUCAGCUCACAGCAAAUACAUACAAAAUACCAAAAGGGAAACAAAGGAAUACUAGACAUUGUAAAAUCGUACACAUCGACAGGAAAUUGUCCAAUUUCUAAAAUAAAGCAGAAAAAGGGUUGCCAGAUCUAAAACCUUCUGCUUUAGCCAAGACCAGUGUCACUUAUUGGAGUUUGACAUGUGCCACUGAAUCCUCCAGCCAGUGUUUAUGACAUGAUGGUGGUUCAGUCCCUUUUCAUUUGAAGAUAAUUAGUCGUGUAAAGAAGGGUGCAGACUUAGCUUUGUUAGCUGUGACAUUCAAAUCUUCAGGGACCAACACUAGUAUGGACGUAAAAAGGUUUUGAUCAAUAACUGUGAUGCAUUAAUUUGAAAGGGAAAACCAUUGUUCAGCUGCAGACAGGACCAAAACAUGUGGAUGUCCCAAUCACGCCCAAAUCUUAAACAAUUCUCAUCUACUCAUGAACUAAUCCUAAAAGUUAGCUGCAGGUCAGGUGGAGCUCUUGAAGCUGUAGCCUAACUGCCAAGGCAUUUCUGAUCUUUAUACACAAGCAUUAGUUUAAUACAAUGUGCAAAUAAAAUCUAAUUUCACAUUAAACUUAAAUAUCAAUGAGAUGGAUAUGGUCAUGUUUUUGUGACAAUACUUCAAAUACACUACAGUAAAUUAUUAGAAAUUGAUAAUAAAAAUAAUCUUAAAUUAAAGCCCCUAAUUUUAUGAUUCAUGACUUGAACUCGUUUUUCUGAAGCCAAACAAGGAGCUCCUUUCCCUCCUCAGAGGUCUUGAAGCUGAUGCCAAAUGUGUUUAUUACUUCAUCCUGUUUGGCCCCACCUGGACUCUCCUUCGGGUCGCAGCGAAGAAAACAUGUUUUGUUGCCAGUGUCUGGACUUUGAUUUGAACGUGAAAGACGGGUGUCCUUCUAUCUCCAUCCCGUCAGUGCCAUUCGCUACUCAGCUGGGAAAUAGCUUUUUGUUCUGAUAAAGAGCUGCUGGUGUUUGGCCUCCAACUCUUUUUUUCCCCUCUCUGGUUGCUCACUGUGUACAAAGGUUUCUACAAAGUUACCAACACAGAACGAUAGAGGUCAAAGUUCAAUACUUUAUUGUUAUGUCGACACAGUUGAGAGGAAUUUGUCUCAGUGCAUCUCUAAGAAACAGUCAAAAAACAUCAAUAAAUAACAGUGAAAACAGUUAGCACAUUUCUCCAUAAAUGUAUGAUAAACUGAUACAACCCUGGAGUACUUUGUUCUGCUACUAUCUACUUUUUUCUUUUGAAGUGCUUGUUGACUGACGCUUGUGGAAUUUAAAAGUGUCAAUCUUCUCCCCUAUCGCGGUUAUUAUUUCUUUGAUCGUAGCGAUGUUUACAAUCAGGCUGUUUUCCCUACACCACUCCACGAGGACUAAAUUAAAAGCUUAACUAAAAAGAAUAAAACCCUUUCAUAAAUGGUGGGGCCUCCAGGUGCUGCAGGAUUCUGUGAAGGCACAUAGACACAGCUUCCUCUAGACACACGCAUCUUUAUGUAAUCGAGAAAGCUCACCAGAGGAUGUUCUUCCUCAGACUGCUCCAAAAAAAAAAGAUAAGCAUCCUCCCGAAAGUUCACACCCAAUUCUACAGAGCCACCAUCAAGAGUGUCCUCACCUCUUCCAUCACAGUGUGGUUCCCCGCAUCCUUUGCCAACACCAACCACACACUGGAACGCAUUGUGCAAACAGCCUGGUGGCUCAUAGGCCAGGAACAGGUGCCUGUGAAUGUUCUGCCCGAUGCCAGAGACAGAAAGCGGGCCAGUAGGAUAGUGGCUGACCCAUCAGUGUUUGCAGGAAUUCCUCUGCCAAUAUACUGACUAUCAUUUUCAAUUAAAUAAUCUAAAAUGUUUUGUGAAACGUUGACAUCCAUGUCUGUCCAAAAAAAUCAUCAUUUUAUAGUAUUAUACAAUUAUGUAAAUAGUAAUAAUUAGCAAAUUAAUUCUGGAGUACUUUUUUCAACCUGUUGUACCAUGAAUAUUUUACUUUUUUUCUACAUGCUAAACUGACUAUUUUCAACCCACUGUACUAAGAAUUGUUUUGACAUGCUAUACCACUUUUUUAGACACGCUAAACUAUGCCGUUCCUAUUAUUUUUCAUGUCAAGCUAUACUAAUGUUUUUUUAUGACCAACUAUACCAUUACAUUUUCAUGGCAUCUUUUUAAUGACUUACUUACAGUUUUGUAUGGCAUACUAUACUAUGACUUAAACUUAAACUACAAUAUACAAUAGUAUACAAUUUUGAUGUCAUAGAUAGUAUAGUAUGACGUACCAUUUUUAUGACAUACUAUACUAUGACUUUUUUAUAUUUUUACCACACACUAUACUAUGACAUUUCCAUGGCAUACUAUACUAUGACUUUUUAAAUUAAAAUAAAAAAAAAUGUCAUGACUUCUUUUGACAUACUAUCCCAUGACAUUUUUAUUUUUAUGCCAUACAAUACUCUUGAUGUCAUUUUGAAAUUUUUCUGGUAUACUACACUGCAACAAUUUGUUGGGGCUUUUUUCACUUCAACUAAUCUUCAGUUUCCCAGCUUUCAAGUAAAGUAUACCUCUAUGUGUUAUAUGCUGAUGACCUGCUAUGUCCCCCUAAAUAUCCUCUGUCCCCUCCUAAAAAAAGACUAAAAGCAGCAGCCAGACCAGGAGGCACAAUUUUAUAUUUUAAAGUGUCAUUAAAAUUGUCUCGGAAUUUUUAAACAUUUACUUUUACAUUUACAUUUCCCAUGUAAAAUAUAGAGGUAGUAGCUAAAUGUACUUCUACUUUGUUACUCAUCACCUGUACAAGAGAGGAAUAAUAACCACUGACUAAAUAUAUUAAGUAAAAAUGUACUGUUUCAGUGCUUUUUUAAAUAAUCUUCUAAUAAAAUGAUAACUAAAUCUAAAACAUUCAGGCAUGUGUUCAUUACUUGCAUUUAAACAAGGCAAAAAAAAAUAAACUAUUUUUUUAUUCAAUUUCCUGUUGUGUCAACCUAUUAACUUUGAUGUAUUUAUCUCCUGCUUUAACAUUUACAGUUUCUUUAAAGCUGCAAUGAUAGUUGUGAUUUGUGGCCACUUGGGGAAAGCAGAACACGCCGUCAACACAACUCACUAUUAUAUCUUUAUAAAGUCGUCAAACAGUUGCUUAUUUACACAGCUACAAAGCAACAUCAUUAUAUAAUUAAUUGUGUUUCUGGUCAAUAUGAAUCUACCCUUAGCUGUGUUUGGUCCAUCAACUCCUGAGGGACAUAUCUGUCUCUUUACCAUCACUCCUCCUGUCCUGUCUCUUGGUGUGUGUGGUGUUUUGACAGCAUCAUGUUGAGGGUUGUUUCUGCCGGCUCUUGUUCUAAUGACAAAGAACAUAUUUGCUUGAAAGCUCAAACGAAUGUUUCUCAAGUCAAGAAUUAACUUUGGAACCCCAUAUUGCCGCUAGACAUAUAGACCUAAUAAAUCCUUUAAAUCUGAAGGACUGUUCAUAAGCUGAAAGAUGUGAACUGAACUGAACAUGAGCCUAAUUUAAAUGACUUAAGUAAAAAGAAACAGCUUGAGCCGGAUGCAGUGGAAACUAAAACUAAAUAAGAACAUUAAUCAUAAUCUAACUCCAGCUGUAUUGAAGUAGCAUACCAGUUCUCUCUGAAAUGCAGUGAAGUACAGGUAUAAAGUAGCAUUCAAUUAAAACACUCAAGGAAAGUAAAAGUAUUCCUACCUACCAAAAUGUACUUUCCAGCACUAUUAUUAAACAGUACUAUGUUGUGGACUGUCGGUUUCAGGUACGAAAAUGCUCUGACUGCCUUCAAACUGAAAGACAACAGCGUCCUCAUCUGCUUGAUGGAAGAUAUUGUACUUUCUGAUGUUUUAUGGUUGUAGUCUUGGCUGUUUAUUUUAAUAUAAACAAAUAUGGUUUCGUCUAAAACUGUGAAGGGCAUAAAAAAGAAAAUAUUGCGUGAGCGCUGGUUGACUUUGAUACGAACAGACCACAUCGAUAUUAGAUAUUUAGACUGAACAACCUAAGAAAAGACUUCUAAAACAAGCUAAAUGGGUUUAAAGUAUGUGGAUUAACUUGAUAUUGUGAAAACGUUAUAUCGGUUGAUCGGCCUCAUGUUUUGCGACUAUGAACAAAUGUAACGACGCAUUUUGUCGACCAAACUGACGAACAAGUCCCGCCCCCUUUCGUCACCAGCCCGGCGCCGUGUUUUUCGUUCCUGAUUGGAGGAUUCAGCUGUCUGUCAUUGAUUCCUUCGCACUGUAACCAGCGGCAAACUAACAGCAAUCUGAAAGAAGCUGGUCAAAAUCCACAGUUAGACCGGAAAUGACUGGGUCAAACAGGAUUCUGCCUUCAAAAUAAAAGCACAUGGUGGGACACGCGUGCUAAAAUGCAGCCUGCAGAGUGUCAAGUAUGUUUUUCACACUAUGACAAUUUAUCUUGUUGCCAUGUCAGGCUACUAUAGCAUUAUUGGGCAUGUAUUUAAUAUAAUUAUGUAACUUAAAUGACACAUCAAUCAACUUUUACCUCACACUUGCACACAAUCAAAUGUAGCCUAUUUUGAAUUGAUCCUACAGUCUAGGCAACAAUGUAUCACUCGUAUAUGAAAGUAAAUGUGUCUGCUUCUUGUUCUCAAAUCUUAUGUUUAUUGUCAAUGCAACAUCAUGGGUUCCACACAAGCAGGUUUUGCGUACGCAAAAAAAGAUUUUAUAUUGUAGUGAAAUGUAAAAAAAAGUAUAAGCAGCAUAUCUGCUGCAGCAACGCAGCAUAAAAACAAAACGAAAGUGGCAACUGCUUAUAUACGACUAACAAAAAAAAUCAUGUUCAACAUUGUCGUUUUAUUUUUAAAUCCCAAACCGGAAAACGUAUUUUAUAUAUUGUGUACCUUGACACAAGUCAGGGGUAGGAGUUUUUUUUUUUUUUUUUUUCAUCUUCUCCUCCCAAACUUUUCUUACCUUCUCCAGAAAGUCAUGACAAGUCUCAGUGAGACUGGACGGACACACGGCAGAAGGUAGGAAACAGCCCGAGGGAUCGAUGACCACACACUGACACUGAUACCUAUUGAUUCGCUGAUUAUUGCCACGCUCCAGGAACUAACAACACAAAGAUUUACUCUGCAUGUGUUUUAGUUAUUAGCCUCAAAGUGUUGCGGUGAAUUAUUGUAAGAAGUACUCGUCGGCUGCAGGAAAUCUAUAUAUUUGUGAUGCUCCUGUAAUAUCACUGUCCUACUACGCUUAUGUGUUUAUAAUCAUGUUGUGCUUUUUUGCGUUUUUAACUUCCAGGAAUGUAGCCAAAAUCCUUUGAUUUUCAAUAGAGACCUAUAGAAACAAUAGAGAAUUGUUUCUAUCUUUAAAGUCAUAUGUCUAUUAUUGCUUUUUAUAGCCCUAAAAAGUGACUGUAACUCUGUCAUUUCUAAAAUACUUAAUUGUAUUACCAUUACUACUUAGCUUGUUCUUUUUCUUUUCUCUACCUCCUUUUCCCCGUCUCUCUCCCAUUCAGGACUUCUGUUUGCGAAGUGUUAUGCAUAAAGUUGGUUUGCUUGCUAGUAGAGCAGAAUAAAUAUCUCUAAUAGUGUUGUGUGUGAGGCUCCUAAUGGGAUGAAAACGCCCCCCUCUCUUGUCAGAAGUGUUGAACCCUAUAUAUAGUUGGUAGAGACCAAAUACAGAGCUAAACAGUUCAUAUUUGACUUAUAGCCACUAGGCUGACACAAACACAACUCUUCUGGAUGUGUAAAUAAGCUAUUUGCUAUCAAGCUCAACAUAUCAACUUAAAAAGUGAUAUUAUGUCAAUGUGUUCACAUCUUGUUUUUGCUGCUCCCCUAGUGGUCAGUUAUUGCAGGUUUAACCAAAGUUAAUUUUCCAUAACCAGCAUCCUGUUUUCUCUAAACCUUAAACAUACUUUAGUUGCCACAUGCAGAUACCAAAGAACAAAAUCCUUUUAAAUGAUAUCGACGUUGGAUGUUAACAAACGAUGUAAUUGCAUCCUCGAUUUUAUUUUGCAGAAUUGGCCAAUAUUGUUGUUUCUGGUGAUCGGGUGUGUUUACAGAGGUAUAGUGGAAGGAUUCAGGAAAAGGAAGCAACAUUUGGUUCUAAAGACAAGUUUGAAAGAGCGUCCAGUUUGAUGAUCGAUGAUGAUGGCCGCUACUGGAUGGGAGAGCGUUUCUGCCAUUGUGCGAUAUUACGCAGAUACAGUCUACUGACUCAAAUAGCUAGAAUGGGUAUUGGUGACAAAGUGGCUGAUCUAUUCUAUUCAAUUCUAUAUUAUAUACUAUAUACGUUACUCACUGGAAUUUUAAUCCCUGUUUAAAUUUAGACAAAUUUAGACGGCCGAUAGCAGAAGCUCCAGUAUUGGUAUCAUGGCUGAAAAGAGUCUGAUCGGUGCGUCCUAAUUGUACGUUUAUGUUUCUUCUUUAUGAGUGUGGCUAAAUUAUUUAAUACCAACCAUAUAAAGGGUUUCUCUGUAGCCUUAAUGGAUAAAAGGCUACAGAGAAACAAUACAUGUUUAUUUAUUUCAGUCAGGAAUGUCAGGAUGCCGUGGCCUUUUUGUGGAACUUCCUCUUUAGCGUCUUCUUGUAAAAAUGAAACAGAAAUUAAAGCUGGAGGGUAUUUCUUAAUGUUGGUUUUGAUAUGUAACCAAGGCAAAUAUCUCAAAUUGACGAGACAACCUGCUGUACAAAGAUGACAUGAGUAAGCAGAGACGUGUCCCUUUGAGUCAGUGUUUAUCGCUCAACAACCUUUCUGGCUGAGGGGAAACAGGACUCUGGGGUUUUCACUUACUGCUGUCGUCUCAAAAAUAGAUUGACUGUAAGUUUAGUUGGAGGUGUCAGGAGCUCAGUGUUACACUUUGAUACUCUGGAUAUUUCCUCUCUUGCUCCAGUUAUUUUUUGCCUUUAUACACACACUCCCUAACUCAUACUUUCUUGCCUUGCACCUAAGAACAGAGGGAGGACAGUUUAUUAAAUUAAAACUGAAUUAAAUUUGGGUGUGUGCUCUCACUCACGAGCUUGAUAAGAUGCAUGCCGUCGUAUUUUUAGCUCUAUUACGAGUGGUUUUAUUUUAGCCCCUCCAGACUGAGUAACUCUGCACUGCAGUGACAUGAUGAGCGAAGAGAAAGCUGGACUCACCAGCGUUAAGAUGACAGCACACUAAAGUCAAAAUCUGCAUUUUUUCACAGGUAAUCUGGUGGGUUUGCAAUCCUAAAUAAACCCCUGAAUGAGAAUAAAAUCGCUGCUGUGUGCAGAAACAUUUUUCAGCCUCAUUCAACAUCUUCACUGGAUUGCUCUUGUGUUGAAUGACGUCCAUUUGAAGGACCACUGAGUGCAGCUUUAAGUGGGCAUUCAGGCGUUGGUUGGGCCGUGUUGUUUCAGAUGCAGGUUAGACAAUGAAACGGUUUGAGUAACAAAUUAAUUUGUUUCAAGGCUCAACAGAUGCCAAACCACUGUACAGAGGGUCUGUCACAUCUUAUGACUCCUGGAGAGAUAUCACGGCAGCAACUAUUCAAUCUUUUGUCACGACAAUCACAAAGUAAACGGUGCGAAUACACAGCUGAUGCUACAAAGUAAGGCACCAGGAUUGUGCCCUUACAGGGCACCAACACUGGAAUUUUCCGGAUGACACUGUGUUGUUUUGCCGGUGUUGGCAAACGCACUAUUACUGAGGCCCUGUAUUCAAGUACAACUUCAAGGUACAUUUACUUUAUUUGAAUAUUUCCAUUGUAUACUACUUUAUACUUCUACUCCAUCACACACAAUGUUGUAAUUAUUACUCCACUAUAUUUAUUUAACAGCUUACGUACUUAUCGUACUUACUUUUUCUAAAUGUCUUUGCAUUAUGAGUACUUUUACUUUUAAUACUUUAAAUUACAUUUAGUUGAUGGUACCUCUGUACUUUUACUUAUGUUUUUGAAUGCAGGACUUUCACUUGUUAUGGGGUAUUUUUCUGUAUUUUAAUAUUUCUUCCACUACUGGUUGCUGGACUGGCCUCUGUGAAAUUUAUUUUAAUGCCGUGUAAAAGUUGGUCUGAACGCCUCCCUGUUAAAGGUGGCGGCAUUUGUUUAUGAGUUGAAGGAAGAAUCUUGAGCUUGUACUAUUUGUUAUUAAAGCGGAUACCCACUGAUUAAAUAAGAACAAUUCCAGGAGAAUUUAAACAAAUAAAUGUUCUGCUCUGUGAAUCUAUGUGGUUUGUUUACCUUUUAGUUGAGGCAAUUUUUAUUCUUCCAAUCUAAGGCAACAAUUAGUUUUAAGUGUCGGAGCUGUGUGGAACCUGAGAGCAGGAGGUUGUCAUCAUAAUUAGCAGGCAUCCAGGCUUAGAAAAUGGAAAUUACCACUUUCAGCUUCAUGCCAGAUCCUCUGAUUGGAGUGGCUUUCCCAACUGUCCCUGAAAGGAGAGAAGCCUUUCAGAAGUUCAGUGUGUUUGAGUGAAGCAGCUGUGAGUUGUCUACAUGUAGUUUUAGUUUUCACAAGGUAGAACAUUUUUUUUUUUUUUUGAUUUAUCCUGAUUUUUGUUGCAGAGACCAUGUUGAAAUAUUUUAAAACAAUGGCUCCAGAGUUGACUUCCAGCUGGACGGGAAGUUUAGAGCAAUUACAAUUCAAGAACACAACACUGUACACAGUGGAAUGUAAUAAGUAGAAAUGACACAAAUCUUUAACAGUAAAACAAAGGCUGUUGUGUUGUCUUAGUUCUUUGUAGCUGGUAGACACUUAAAUAUUCAGAGUUCAUCAUAAUAUUAUUUGUCCGAUUAGUCUCGAGAUGUGACUCGUGAAACAAAAAACCAACAACUUAGGUUUUGUUUGGGAUUUUUGCCGAUUGAGUUUGUAUUUAAUUGUUUAAUUGUUAAUUGUUAGUCUUUUAAAAAUUCUCCAGAUGACAGAUUCAUGGUUUUGUAGAAAUGCAACUUACUUUAUUAAUUUAGUUGUCUGAUUAUCUUUUAUUAUGAAGUCCUUCCUCUUGGCCUUUUGCAUGAAUUCAAUCAAGUCUCUUGUAUAAUUCUGAAUAGCUUCAGUAGAAAUGAGACACUGGAAAACUCUCUGUGACUUUUUAGUGGGAUCAAUUUACUGUUUGUUUUGGUCUUUUCACAGGAUUUGUUUACAUAUAUACAAUUACAUAUAUCACCAGAUUUAUCCUUUAAAAUGUUGCAAAUGACUGUACAUAAAGGAGCAAUGCCUUCUAAUGACUGUAGUAAAACAGGACAAUACUAUGUAUUAAAAGGUUAGCGUCUACCACGGUGGUCCAAUCAGACGCUCGUCCCUCUGCUCUCUCCACUGCCUGAGAAACUCUGAAUGAAAAACACAGGGCUAAAAAUACCCACAUUCACUGAAGUACUUGGGCAGAGCUUGGGAAAGAAGAAGCACUAAUCAAACUGUGUGCACUAACAUCAGGCUGAGAAAACGUCAAACGGAGAAAUCACUGCUGCAUGUUGAUUCAUCUGGAGGAUCUGUUUAGUCUAGACUCGGAUCGUGAUUUACAGGUUGGGAUUCUUGACCCUGAAAGGCUUUUUGGCGGGUAAAAUGGUGAAAGACUGGUUUGACUCUUGUGGUUUGAGCACCAAAAAGGUCAGACUCUCGUUGUGCCUGAGCUGACCACUUCUCUCUGUGGAAGAACCAAACCACGACUGCUUUUGGAAACACUUCCUGCAUGUCACUGUGAGGCCGGAAACAUUUUCAACCCAAUUUAAAUUUUUGGAUCAAACAAUGAAAGUUUUUGUGCGCCGCUAAAGAGAGCGAGACGUUUGUGGUUGUACUCGAACCUUCUCUGAUGCUGUAACGAGAUUUUGAAUCUAAGGCCUGAGGAAAAAGUCAGGGCAGAGCGAGGCCUUGAACUCUAGUUUAGUGCGUGUUCUGUAGCACAGAGAUCACCUCUGUUCACCGGCUCAUAAUGGAGGAAAUGUUGUGGAAAAGCACAUCUGCCCUAUGAAGUCAUAGGCAGAGGCUGAACAACACUGACAUGUUCAGUUCCCACUGCAGCCACCAACAUGAAAACUAUCUUUUGUAUCCUAAUGUUACCGCCUGACUUCUUAAAAAUGUAAUGCUUUUAUGAAUAUCAGUCAUUUUGUAAAGCAUUCUGUGAAAGGCUUUAUUUAAGGAAAAGGCAAAAAAAAAUAUAAAAUACCUGUUCCACUUUCUAAUAGAAUCUAAUUUAAUCUUUAAAAGUCAUAACUAACGGCUUUAUUCAUGUUUUAAAGUAAUUUCCUCCUCCUUGACAGAUCAGUUAUAAGCAAUUAAAAAGAAUAACUUUUUUGCGUAGCCAUGUUGUUAAACAUCUCUGUGGCUGCUUUGUCAUUAAUAGUGAAGUCAUUAAUAAAGGGAUGAGUUUCUCACUUUCUAAAAGCCAUCAAGUUGUUCUUUUUCCAGAAGUUCAGACGGUCCAUUGGAAAGUCUCACUAGAGAGAGUCUGAACUAAAGAGCUGAGUGAUGGAGCCUGAGGUAACCUGACAACCUGAAUAUUGGUUGUUAUUGCUUAAAACUCAUCUAGUACAUUAUUUAUCAACCAAAAUAUUGAAAAACAGACCAAUAAAACGGCAAAAACAAGGCGGUAAAUAGUUGUGUAAUGUAACAGAAGAGGCGGCAGAAGAAGAGCAAGUAAAAGCCAAAUUCUAUGAAAGGAGUCUCCUUUGCAAUCCGGCUGAGAUCAAUGUGCAGGUUGUCUCGGCAUCUGCUGCAUGCCAUCGAUAUGUUCAAUUAUGUUUUGUAAUGCCUGGCAGACAUCAGAUUGCCUCUCAGGAGUAACGAGCAGCCCAAAGUUGAGAAGCUAACUGAAUCCGCGCCUGCAAGGAAAACUGAAUAAGACCCCAACAAACAUGUAUUUUCCACAGGAGCAGCUCCGCGGCGAUGAAGGUGUGUUCGCAGGAGCUUUGGGAGACAUUUCAAAGACCUACGUGCACCCAGUGCCUUGUCAUUACCCCGACGCUCUCCAUCAAAGCGAUGCUUGAACUGGUAUAAUUUCCACCGGUGACGGAAACAACUUGAUGAUAUACAUAUUUCAGUUGUUUCUGGGCAGAAAGCUGCUGACAUCUGGUCCUGUUCUGUAGUUAUGAGAAUCAAACAUCUGGAGACUCCAGUUGCUACUGCUGUGACAGAGACAAAUGUUGAAUAUCUAGGUCAACUCAGAGAGACUUUUAGAGGCGCAUCAAGCUGGUUUGUUUUCGUUAUUUGCUUGUCUAGAAAACAAACAGCUGAAGGGAAUGUAGGAAAAAGUAAAUGUGCAGAAAGAAACAUAUUUUUAGAUGGAGAACUCGGUUAAGUCUUUUCUUGGAUAUUUAAAAAGCAGCUUCUACAAAGGUUCAGUUUGUCUUGUCAGGAAAACAGGCCUGGAGAGCGUGUCUCACCACGGAGGGAAAACAAAGUGUUUCAGUCCAAAAUACAACGUGACAUCAGAACUGGAAAUUGGGUAAAACUUGAUUUGUGAACGCUGCUUUGUUUCAGGGUCGGGUGGGGUUGGGGGGUUGUCAGGCAUGGGACCGCCUCAGUCUCAGCUGACUGGAUAAUGCUGUUGCAGCUGACUGGGACACUGUGCAGCUCUGCAAACUGAUGCUCGCAGCAUUGUUUCCAGAAAGAAACAUAUAAUUUUGCUAUUCCAAGAAUUCAUUCAGGUCCAGUCAGGUCGUUUGGUUCUGUGGUCGUCCAUAUUUGAAUCUUUACUGGAUGGAAAACCGCAAUGCAGUUUUCACAAAAGAUGCAGAAGUUUGUUGCUGGGCUGAGUGGAGCAGGAAAGAGGGAACCAGCCUGAACUGCAGCUGUAUGAAUCACUCACUGAGGGGCUGAGAGCCAGGUGUUUAUUUGAAGCUGUGUGUGCUGAAAGGUCCCAGUCCUGAAACAUGACUCAGUCGGUGCAAGUUAACCCAAAACUGCCUGAUCUGGGCUCUCCAUUCAUCUACUCCAGUCAGGAGGAGGCUGACCAAUCAGGCUCCUACUCUGUCCAGACUCCGUAUGGUUUCCAGCUGGAUCUGGACUUCCUCAAAUAUGUAGAAGAGAUAGAAAGUGGGCACAAUCUCCGUCGGGCACCCGUUGGUUCCCGCCGCACUGGCCGAGGUGUCAAACUCUCCCAGAGGAGUAUUGGAGGACGUACCAGUGGCUGGACAUCCACAGAGUCUCUGUCGUCCCCGGCCAGUGAGGAUGGCAGAGCUCCUCCGCCGCCGCCACCACGCAACCGCCUUGGGUCGGCACCCUGUGAGGGGCUCCGUCUUUCCCCUGUGACCCUCAUCAGUGUUCCUCCCCUGUCUGCCGGAGCCAAAGUGCCACCUCCUCCACCGCAGCGCAACCCCAGAGUGGAGCGGACUCUUCUUGAAACCAGCCGGCGGCUACAACAGGAACAAACCCACCAGUACCAGAAUGGUGGGCGCUUCCAGCUCGCAGAUCCUCCAAAAAAGCUCCUACCCUCGCCAUCCACUCAGCCGCUGCAGAGUAGCUGGACUAAACCCAGUCCUCAGACCUCUGGGCGCAGCACUCCAGCAGUUGGCACCACAAUGACUCCGAUCCCACCCAGCCAGCUGCAGACGGUUAGAGAGCAGAUGGCUACGGCCUUGAAACAGCUGAAGGAGAUGGAAGAGAGGGUAAAGGGUGUUCCUGCGCUUGAGAAAGAGGUGGCCAAGCUUCGUGCAGAGAAAGACACGCUCCUGUUAGCCCUGCAGGAGAAGAAAGAGGCCAAGGAGGUGGCUCAGCAGAAGCAACAGUCCACUGACUCUUUUACCCAAACCACAGAGAUUCUUCAAACUGACCACAGUAUCCACAAUCGUUUGAGUACACCAAUCUCACCUGGACAUAAAAGCCUCGGAAAAUCUGGUGAGCUGAAAAGGCUGACUGAAAAAUUUGAGGGGAAGGAAGGGAAAGCUACAGAACCUUCAUCAAAAGUUUCAGUAAAAGCUCCAGAAAAAGUGUCUGUUGAGAAGAAAUCAGUGGCUGUUGGGGGUGACUUGCCAAUGGACUCUGUUGUUUUCUACUACAGCCAGGGUGUGAAGGAUGCUUCUGAGGGCACCGAGGUAAAUGUUUGUGAUAAAGGCACAGGAAUAGAGGCCCCUGUGGUUCAAGAGGCAGGAGUACAGGUCAGAGUGGAGACAAAAGAGGCUGAAGUUUGGGUUAUGGAGUCACUACUUGGGCUGACCAGCGAAGCACAGCGGGAGAUUGAUACCUUACAGGACACCAUUAAAUUCCAGCAAGAGUCCAUUGUGGCUCUAGAGGAGCGAUUGAAUGUGGCCGACAAAGACAUGGGGAUCCUUAAAGUCCAGAUGGAGGAGAAAACCUCUAAAGUCACAUUUGAGAAGGGGGUUCUUGCCAAACCAGACAUGGUGAAUGCCCAGGUAGAGACAUUCACUGCUGCAUUAAAACAUGUUGCGGUUUCGUGCCGUCCUGAGGUGAACGAUGCAUGUGUAGGGGAGAACUUAACAGCAGAUAAGAUCGAGCAAUUCACCCAGACCGACGCUGUAGCGAUAACAGCUGAGCCAGCACCUGUUGCAGUGGUCAGCACUGGGUGCCAAUGUGAGAACUUGUUUGAGGAAAAGAUGGAGCAAAAAGUUACCGUUCUGAAGAAGAGACAGAUGACCAUCGCUGAAUACAAGGUCUCGCCAGAAGAGGAGGUGGUCAGUAUGGCUGAGAAUAAAGAGGAAGACCAAGGAGAGAAGUCUGCAGCCAGCAACACCAAGACAGGUAUGCUGAAAUCAAUCAUGAAGAGGAAGGACGGGAGUAACUCAGGCGAGAAGAAGAAGAGCCUGCAGUUUGUUGGCAUUCUGAAUGGAGGGUAUGAAUCUACAUCCAGUGAAGAAGAAGAAGAAGAGGAGGAAGAAGAGGAGGAGGAAGAUGGGAGUUCUUCUGGAGAAAGUGGAGAAGGCGAGUGCUUGGACAGCACAGAGGAUGAGGCGGCUCUGGAGGACGAAACAUCAGAGGAGGAAAGAAACAUCAACCUGGACGAGAGCGACACUGAUGAGGAAACCCUGAGAGCCACAAGUUAUUCAUGUGAAGCUGUGAAAGAGAAAUUUGAGCUGAGCUCAAAAAUGCGUGAAGCGUGCCUCAUUCUGAAGAACCACCUGAACGAUGACAUCAAGACACUGAAGAGUAAGGAAGUGCUCUCCAGCACCCACACCGUCCAGCUGGAGUGGUUCCGUGUCUCCAGCGCCAAGACGGCUCAAUCUCCCCGCGUGUCGGACUAUCUGAUGGCGUUCUCUGAGGUGUCGUCAGCGCUACUGGAGCAUGUAGUCAACAUGACCGACGGCAACGGCAACACAGCUCUCCACUACAGCGUCUCCCACUCAAACUUCGGCGUGGUAGGGCUGCUGCUGGACACAGGUAUGUGCUGUGUGGAUAAGCAGAACAAGGCGGGGUACACGGCCAUCAUGCUGGCUGCUCUCUCUACUGUGAAGGAGGAGGAGGACAUGGCUGUGGUCAAGAGGCUCUUCAGUCAGGGCAAUGUCAACGCCAAGGCCAGCCAGGCGGGCCAGACAGCGCUGAUGCUAGCUGUUAGCCAUGGUCGGCAGGAGAUGGUGCGGGCGCUGCUGGAGUGUGGCGCCGACGUUAACGUGCAGGACGACGAGGGAUCCACAGCUCUGAUGUGUGCCAGCGAACAUGGCCGUGCUGAGAUUGUCAAACUGCUCCUGGAACAGCCUGGUUGCGACAUAUCCAUUGUUGAUAAUGAUGGCAGCAGUGCUCUGUCCAUCGCACUGGAGGCGUCUCACAACGACACAGCUGUGCUGCUCUACGCCCAUAUGAACUAUGCUAAGACCCUUCCUGUGGGGAGUCCGAACGCCCAGCCAAGGAGCCCCACCAGCUCCCACAAGUCCUGGCCUUCAGACUGAAAGAACCAUGGCCGCUAAUGCAGACCGACAGACCAGCAACAGAACUGGAUCCGAGCUGUGAAAAGCUCCACUGGAAUUGACUAAAACAUACAUGUAUUUAUAUAUUGCCGUAUGUCCUGCAUUUUAUAAGUAUUGUUAAUAUGAGAAUAUUAUUUUUCCAUAAAAGUCGUUAAUGGUUAUAUAAUAUACUUGACUAAUAAGAGCUCCUAGCAUAUCUAAAUGAGGUCUCCAACGCUUGUCUUUUUUCUGUUACAGGAGAUGAGACCAUUGCAUUAAUUAUUUGCACUCCACUAAUAUUUGUACUGUUAAGAGCAACACACACCGGUAGGAUAUGAUGCACAUAAAAAAAAAAAACAUAAUUCAACCAUAAUCUUCCAUGCAAGCCCACACACUGACAUCACAAUACAUGACUUGUAGUAAAUCUUAAAGUAAAAUGUCGCUGCUGUAGAAAAUGUAUCCUAUAGGCUCCCUAGUUAGGCAUCCUCGCUACUCUGCCUGACUACCGUCUGAAGUCCGGUGUCUACUUUAGACGUCACAUGACACGACGACACAGCCGGUGUGUGGUGCCGUCUGCUCUUUCUGUCCUGCCUUGGCUAACUGAUCUGUGAACCUCUCCACCUUCAGUCUGUGCAUUUAAUGUUCAUAUGAAUAUAUAUAUAUAUAUAUAUAUAUAUAUAUAUAUACA